GGGAUGCUUGGCUGAGUGAGCCCAAUGCCGAGCGGCCGCCACGUUCCAAGGUUCCCUUCCAAGCCUCCUUCGUCGACCCGUUGGCAUUAAUCAUGUGCCCGCUUCCCGGGUUGGGCAUCCUGUCCGCUCCGUGACAUCUUCGGGAGCGGGUUGACUCCCCCGAGGACUUUCCAGGGACCUUUCCAGGGAUCUCCUCAACAGAAAUGUGAACGUGAAUUCCUCCUCCCUCUGACACAACUUACACACUGUAACGAGUGGAUUCUCUUUGUAAAUAACCUACGGUGCACAUAUAUACUCCAUAUCGUGAGGACCCCCGCGUGCAGCACGAGUGGAUCUCCCGAGUCUGAACCGUCGGAGAAAAUCUGUCACUGCCCCCUCUUCGCCCGCCCCAGUUCCGGGUGCUUCCGCCGAGCCCUUUCGGUGGAGGGAGAGUCAUGGAGGACACCAACGUGGGCCAGCAACAAGACCCGGCCGCCGGACGACAAGGUGACAUCGCCGCCGCCGAGGCCUCGACAGGCGCAGCAGCGGCAGGGCCCUCGGGCGAGAGCGGGCUCACUGCUGACCAGGCCCAGCCCGAGCCGAGCUACCACCUGCCGGCCACUCUUGACGUCUCGGACGGCUCAGGCGGAGAGGACUAUGACUCGGGCCUGGGAUUCUCAUUCGCGGACUCGACCACAUCCCUAGAGCCAAACCUGUACAGGUUCAUACAGGAAAAUGGCCGCACAUAUCACGCCUUCAACUCAGAUAAAUACCUCCUCCCCAACGACGAGAUCGAGCAGGAGCGCCUGGACCUCCAGCACAACACCUUCAAGAUCUUCCUCGACGGCAGGCUGCACCUCGCGCCCCUGGUCUACCCCAACCGCGUCCUCGACAUCGGCACGGGCACGGGGAUCUGGGCGAUAGAGAUGGCCCACGAGUACCCCUCCUCGACGGUGGUCGGCACGGACCUGUCCCCCAUCCAGCCCGCCAUGGUGCCCGCGAACUGCACCUUCGAGAUCGGCGACGCCGAGGAGGACGACUGGGGCUUCGACCGCCCCUUCGACUACGUCCACGCGCGGGCCAUGGUGACGUGCUUCAAGGACGGCCCGGCCAUCCUGCGCCGCGUGUGGGACAACCUCGCCCCGGGGGGCUACUUUGAGCUGCAGGACCCGUGCAUGCCGAUGCGGUGCGACGACGGCACCAUGGACGGCACGGCCCUGGGCGAGUGGAACCGCCUCAUGGACGAGGGCAUGCUGGCCGUCGGCAAGGACCUCCGGGGCAACCUGGCCUGGGGCGCCCACAUGCGCGCGAUGGGCUUCGAGGGCGUCGUCGAGCGCCACGGCGUGUGCGCGUUCAACACGUGGCCCCGGGGGGACAAGAACAAGCUGCUCGGCGCCAUGUGCUGCCAGAACCUGCUCGAGGGCGUCCAGAGCAUGUCGCUGGCCCUGUUCACGCGCGUGCUCGGGUGGAGCUCCGAGGACGUGCUCGCCUUCCUCGUCGAUGUCAAGAAGGACCUCAUGAACAGGAAGAUCCACUCGUACUGCGGUGUGUAUUUUGUCUAUGGCCGGAAGCCGUUUGAUCAUGAUCUGCCGAGGGACGAGGGCGUGGCCGUGGGGGAAUCUACUUCGUCGUGA